UGAUAAUAUGGAUCGUUAAGAUAAAUCUAGAAAAUGCAAGCUUCAUUUUAGUCAUAAUCAUAUAUAUGGUAUUCUAUUCUAUACAUGACGUGGUUUAUGGUACUUACUUGAAGGCGUGCACUGCAAUCUUGACAGAAUUUGCCGAACCAUGAAAUAUUAAAUGAAACAUAAAAAUGUUCGGUGAAGUAUUAUUAUUUCGUGCGGUAUGAUAAAAGAAAUGUGAUUUAAUUACUUUGAUAUUUUCUGCUAAUCAAAUUAAUUCUAUAAGAAGCACUUACAAUGACAUCACCUAUGUGUGAAGAUGGUGGUACUUUACGAGAAUGGGCACCUCUUGCUAUGCUUCUUCAACAAAUACCUGCGAAAAUUCAAACUGGGCUCUUUACACACAACAUUAAUUUUACCUGUAUUGAUGCAGUGCCUGAAUUUAUAGCCAUUGGAACUAACUAUGGUUUAGUAUAUUGGUUUGACAGAGAAAAGCAAGACUUGCAAAGGCUUCGAUGUGAGAAUGUCAAUUCAAAAAUUACAUGUAUUCAAGUGAUAUCAACAGUGGACUAUAUGGUUGCUGCUGGUAAUGAACAUGGUGUAGUAACUGUAUUUCAAAUACCUAAAAAUCCACCAGAUUCAUUACCAGAUAGUUUAAAACCAAAACAGAAAAAACAGGUUGAGAGGUAUAGCAUAAGUGGUUUACAUAACAGCGCAGUAACUACAGUUGAGUGGUCUAAGAAUGGUAUGAAAUUAUUUAGUGGAGAUCAAGAUGGUUUAGUUGUACUUACUGAAAUUGAUUUUUAUAUGCACUUGUCAAAAUCAUCAGAAUUGUUAAAUGAGAAGUAUGCAGUAGUGCAAUUAAGUUAUCAACAAGGUUUAUUGUUAGUUUCUACAACAUUACGUACGAUACUGGUAAAUAGAAAUGAGAAUGGAAAGGUAACACAAGUUGGUCAGAAAGAACGCAAAACAUUGGGAAGAUUAGGUGCUGUAUUUGGUUGCAGACAAAAUUAUGUACAAGACUUAGUAAUAUAUGCUAGUAGACCUGGAUUACGUUUAUGGCAAGCUGAUAAAACAGGGACUGUGUUAAAAACACUUAUUUUUAAGGAUGCUGUUCGAUCUGGGCAUACAGAAGUGGAACUUUUAAAUCCAGCACCAGAAAGUUGUAAAAAGAAUCGCGGGGAACCUACAUUUGGUGUCAUUUUACCUUUUUGUGAUGACUUACUAAUUACAUACAGCGAUGAUAUUAUAUAUGUAGUAAAUCCACAGACUAUUGCUAUAACAUCCAUUGUAACAGAUUUACGUCGUGUUACUAAUGUUGCUUGUACUAAAGAUGAAAUAUUUGUGUUGGAAGGGGAAAGGAACAUAAUACGUAUUGCAUAUUAUCCUGAAACUAACAUGUUCUCAUCAGAAGCAAAAAGUGCAUCAGAUCCAUUAUUAUCAUUUGCUGAAAUUAGUAAACCAGUUACCAAUGGUAUAUUAGAAUUGACUUCAAAAUUAAUGGAAAGUACGAUAGUGCCAGCUAUUCCUUUUCACAAAAUCAAUCCAAGUAAUAUUAUUCAAUCUGUAGGAAUUGUACCAAUUGUUACUAUUGGCACUGAUGUAACAUCAAUUACAAGUGCGGAAGAAGCUGUAGAAGUACCAGUGAUGCCAGAUAAUUUAAAUUCUUCAUUAAUAACAGACAGUAGCAAAAUAACAGAACAUAAUGAUAUUUCCAAAAGAAAAAGUAGCGAACAAAAUGAAAAACAUAAUGAUAGGAGGCAAAUAUUCGAAAAAAUUAGUCAACAAGAAUUUGAAGAUGUUGUAUUUACUCCAGAAAGGAAAAUUAAAAAAUCACAUAAUAGGCUAUUAAAUGGAAAUGGAAAUUGUUCAUCAUUAUCUGACAUUAAUUUUGAUUUAUCCGCUUUCAAUAAGGACAGAAUAAAUGCCAAUGAUGCAAAGACGAUGCAUUCUUCUUUAUUAACACUCAGUGUCGAUGAUGAUUUCAUAUCAAAAACUGAAAGAAAUCUUGAAUCAAUCCAACGUGAUGUAGAAAAUAAAGAAAAACUUUUGGCUGAUGUUUUGGAUUUUGAUUUGUCAAAAUAUAUGACGAGCAGUCAAAUUAGUACUACUAAUUCAAAUAUGUCCCAAUCUAUUGAUACAAUUACAUAUAUAGGUUGCGCAGUACAUUCCAAUAAUUCUUUCACAGAAGAAAAAAAUGAGCAAAAUGAAUAUAAUGAUCACAGUGACCAUACAGAAACGGAAUCUGGAGAUGAAGAUGUCAGUUACCGUACGGAAUUAAGGAAGUUAGAAGAUUUAGGUGAAUGUAGAAAAAAGCUUUUACAAGAUAAAUUAAACGAACCUUUACAAAAAGGUAGUUAUGUUGAUGGGAGGAAAAUGUCACAUUCAACAGGUAUGGGUAAACAUGAAUUAGAAGUUGAAUUCCAUAUUGUACCGAAUGAGUUUAUGAUAUCAACUACAAUUGAGGAAGAAGAUUGGGUUUUAGUAAAAAAUGAUAUACCUCCAGUUGCAAUAUAGAGCAUAAUUAAAGUAUGAAACUACUUUAAAUAGAAAUUACUUCAAUUUUGAUGAAUGUUUUCUUUUUCAAGCUUUAUGCAGAUGUGCCUUCAAUUUUUUCUGCACAUCCAUCCAAUGAAGUUAUCUCACAAUUAGGGUAAAAAUGUGCGUGUACAUUUUCUCACACUACAUUCAAACUUUGAUUAAACAAUGUAUUUUCUAGUCUUACUUUAGUGCGCUUUAUGUUAUUUUUACCAUAAACAAAAAAGAUUACAAAAUGCCCAAUGAUUACUGAGUAUUUAGGUAAAUAUGCAUAAUUUUUUUAAAUCUAUUGUAAAUUUGUAGGAAGAAAAUUUAUGAUAAUCAAUUUUUUUUUAAGGUUUAUUGUUGCAUAGUACUAUAAAUGUGCGAUUACACAUUUUUAGAUAUAUUGUAAAAUGAUAUGUAAGCAUAUUUUUUUUGCAUAAUCAAUGUCAUUUAUAACAUUCCAUUUUAAAUUUUUACGAAAAGUAGUCCACUUUUUGCCAUUUGAAACUAGCAAUAGACAUGAUGAUUAUAUUAAAACACAAUGUUCUUACAAAUAUAUAUUAAUUUAUAAAAUGUAGCAAUGUUUAAAAGUUGAACGUUUGUAAACUUCUCUGUAAAUGCAUAUACAAAUUCAAAACA